AUGCAGAGAUCCAAAAAUGAUGAUCUUUCCACUGCCAUUCUGAAGCAGAAGAACAGGCCAAAUAGGUUGAUUGUUGAUGAAUCCAUCAAUGAAGACAACAGUGUUGUGUCUCUCUCUCAGGCAAAGAUGGAUGAGCUCCAGCUCUUUAGGGGGGACACAGUGCUGAUGAAGGGCAAGAAGAGGAGGGAGACCGUUUGCAUCGUCUUGUCUGAUGACACCUGCUCCGACGAAAAGGUUCGCAUGAACAGGGUGGUCCGCAACAACCUCAGGGUGCGCCUUGGUGAUGUCAUCAGUAUUCAGCCAUGUCCAGAUGUGAAAUAUGGAAAGCGCAUUCACGUUCUGCCCAUCGAUGACACAGUGGAGGGCAUCACUGGCAACCUGUUUGAGGUCUAUCUUAAGCCUUACUUCUUGGAGGCUUACCGACCAAUCCGUAAAGGUGAUAUUUUCCUGGUCAGAGGAGGCAUGCGUGCUGUGGAGUUCAAAGUGGUGGAGACCGACCCCAGCCCAUACUGUAUUGUGGCCCCAGACACGGUGAUCCACUGUGAGGGGGAACCCAUCAAGAGAGAGGAUGAGGAAGAGUCUCUGAAUGAGGUGGGUUAUGAUGACAUUGGAGGGGUAAGGAAACAGCUCGCCCAAAUCAAAGAAAUGGUGGAGCUACCUCUGAGACACCCAGCUCUCUUCAAGGCUAUUGGAGUGAAGCCUCCCCGCGGCAUUCUGCUGUAUGGACCCCCUGGAACUGGAAAGACUCUUAUCGCUCGUGCUGUGGCAAAUGAAACUGGAGCAUUCUUCUUCCUCAUCAAUGGACCUGAGAUCAUGAGUAAACUGGCAGGUGAAUCUGAGAGCAAUUUGCGCAAGGCUUUUGAGGAAGCAGAGAAGAACGCACCAGCCAUCAUCUUUAUUGAUGAACUUGAUGCCAUUGCACCAAAAAGAGAGAAGACUCAUGGUGAGGUGGAGAGGCGCAUUGUGUCUCAGCUGCUCACUCUGAUGGACGGACUGAAGCAAAGGGCUCAUGUCAUUGUCAUGGCAGCCACUAACAGACCCAACAGCAUUGACCCAGCUCUCAGACGAUUCGGGCGCUUUGACAGAGAGGUGGACAUCGGCAUUCCAGACGCUACUGGAAGACUUGAGAUACUUCAGAUCCACACCAAGAACAUGAAGCUGGCAGAUGAUGUUGAUCUGGAGCAGGUUGCAAAUGAGACCCAUGGCCAUGUGGGUGCUGAUCUGGCUGCCCUUUGCUCAGAAGCUGCCCUGCAAGCCAUUCGAAAGAAAAUGGACCUCAUUGAUCUGGAGGAUGAGACCAUCGACGCAGAGGUUAUGAACUCCCUGGCUGUAACAAUGGAUGACUUCAGGUGGGCUCUUAGCCAGAGCAACCCAUCUGCCCUGAGAGAGACCAUUGUGGAGGUGCCCAACAUCACCUGGGAGGAUAUCGGUGGCCUUGAUGAUGUCAAGAGAGAGCUGCAGGAGCUGGUGCAGUACCCAGUGGAACAUCCAGACAAAUUCCUCAAGGGCCCAGAACUGCUCACCAUGUGGUUUGGAGAAUCAGAGGCUAAUGUCCGUGAGAUCUUUGACAAGGCUCGUCAAGCUGCUCCUUGUGUGCUCUUCUUUGACGAAUUGGACUCCAUUGCUAAGGCUCGUGGUGGAAACGUUGGCGACGGUGGCGGCGCUGCUGACAGAGUCAUUAACCAGAUUCUCACAGAAAUGGAUGGUAUGUCCAGCAAGAAGAACGUCUUCAUCAUUGGGGCCACCAACAGACCAGACAUCAUUGACCCUGCCAUCCUCAGGCCUGGCCGACUGGACCAGCUUAUCUACAUCCCACUGCCUGAUGAGAAGUCUCGCAUUGCCAUUCUCAAAGCUAACCUCAGGAAGUCUCCAAUCUCAAAGGACGUGGACGUGGACUACUUGGCCAAGAUGACCAAUGGCUUUUCCGGUGCUGACUUGACUGAGAUCUGUCAGAGAGCCUGUAAACUAGCCAUCCGUGAGUCUAUUGAGAAUGAGAUCAGACGGGAACGUGAGAGGCAGACUAACCCUUCUGCAAUGGAGGUGGAGGAGGAUGACCCUGUGCCUGAGAUUAGAAAGGACCAUUUCGAGGAAGCCAUGCGCUUUGCCCGGCGCUCCGUCAGCGAUAACGACAUCCGCAAAUACGAGAUGUUCGCACAGACCCUGCAACAAAGCAGAGGCUUUGGCAGUUUCAGAUUCCCGUCCAGUAACCAAGGAGGAAGUGGACCAAGUCAGGGCUCUUCUGGUGGCGGUGGAGGCAACAUCUUCAAUGAGGACAACGAAGAUGAUCUUUAUGGAUAAAUGUGACCACGUGGCUGACCCUCACAGGCCACUCUUCAUACAGGCCGCCAUGUACAAAAGACAAAAAAUUAAAAAUUCCACAUUUUUAGGACUGUGCUUUUUGUUUAUUUUCCGCUUCUCCUCUUGUCCAUUCCCCCUGUUUUUUAUUCGCCUCGUUCUCCUUCUGUCCACCUCCCCCCUCUGUUGAUAGAGAAAAGCAUGUAGCUGCUUGUGUUUUGCUCUGGUUUGUGAAAGGAUGAUUUCUGAGAACUUUAAUCUUAACGUUCUGUGGGUGGGGGUAAAUUUCAGUGAAAACCAUACACGAUAGUGUUUUCAUUAACUUUUCACAAGCUAUACGAGCAGCUUUAGUGGUGGGGUUUAAUGCUAGGCUGUUAGAAGGAUUAAAAAAAACAACAACAAAAAAUUGCUAAUGACUUCAUUUUUUAUGAAUGUAGCAUAUAAUGUAUUACAAGUUUGAAAAAUGUUAAAUAAAAUUCACGAAAUGGA